AUGUCUUGCGACAAUUGGACAUUAAAUUCCAUUCAAUCAAUAAUGAUGGUCUCACUAUUUUGGAUAUGCAAUCCUGCUAUUGUUGGAGGGCAGCAAAACUACUAUAUUGAAUUUACCAAUAUUAACUGCCAGCAUAACUCGUCUGCAAUUGAAACCUUAGUGUGCUCCUUGAAAAAAGCAACAGACAAUAAAACCUUAAUCAAUGGACGGCUGUUGCUGGCUAAUGACAUACCCAAUUUUUCGAUUCGUACCAUUGUGCUCUUUAAUCGCAAAAAUAUGCCUCGCAUGACCCUUGCCGACAUUACAGUGAACAUGUGUGAGGUUUUAAAUUUAAUGGUGAAGAAUAAAAUUGUCUCUUUAUACAUGGAGAAUUUUAAGAAAUAUCUCAAUGUUGUACCGAAAUGUCCUCUUUGGAAAAACUUCAAUUAUACCUUAAAUGAAUACGCUGUUGAUUUACGGGGGUUGCCCUCAUUUUUUCCUGAAGGUUCUUUCAAAUCCGUACAUCAAAUUAUCUAUGAGAAUGAACUUUCAGCCCAAAUAAAAGUCUUGGGACAAGUAAUACAUAUAAAGGAAGUCAAAACUAACAAAACAGAUGAAUAA